GGAGGAUUUGCAGUAGAUAAUGCUACCUUAAAUCGAUUCUUUUCCUUCCAUUUUAUGCUGCCAUUCGUAAUAAUUGCUUUAGUAGUGAUUCACCUUCUUUUUCUCCAUCAAACAGGAUCGAAUAACCCAUUAUAUAACUUAAACGUAAGUUAUAUAUGCCCAUAUCAAAAUAGCACUAAAAGACAACAAAAAGCAAUAAAACAACAAUGUCAAUUUUAUGAUCAUAAAGAAAAUCUUUGUUGGUCAUAUAUAAGUCAAAAUUCUUCUUGA